AUGGGGAAACAAUCUCAUUAUGGCACGAUUUGCGCGAUCGCCUGCUCGAUGAUCGCGCUGGCGCUCGCGAAACCGGCUCCGGAGCCGCCGGUGAGCUCGUACUUUCCACCCUCCGGAGGAGGCGGCGGCGGCGGCGGCGGCGGCGGCUACGGACCACCCGCGGAUCGCUACGGCCCGCCACAGCAGAACCCGGUGAUCCACAAGCACGUGUACGUCCACGUGCCGCCGCCGGAAGCGCCGGAGUACAAGCCGCCCAAGCAUUACCCGCAGCAGCAGCCGCAGAAGCACUACAAGAUAGUGUUCAUCAAGGCGCCGACCCCGCCUACGCCGACCGCGCCGCAGCUGCCGCCGCUGCCGCAGCCGGACGAGGAGAAGACGCUCAUCUACGUCCUGGUGAAGAAACCGGAAGAGGCGCCCGAGAUCGUGCUGCCGACGCAGGCGCCGACGCAGCCCAGCAAACCGGAGGUCUACUUCAUCCGCUACAAAACUCAGAAGGAGCAAGGCGGCGGCGAGUACGGCCCACCCGGGCAACAGCCGGGACAACCCAUCGACAGUUACGGGGCACCGCAUCCGGGCCCCAGUGGACCGUACUAGGGUUGAUCAUCGCACGAG